AUACAGGUUUAAGGAAGGAAUACCUCAAUCGACAAAUUUAAGGAUGACUUUUUCAAAUUAAUAAAGGAAAGAUGAUUGAAAUUAUUGUCAAAAUACUUUUUCUCCUUCAAGCACUUGAAGAUGAAGAUGAUUAUGAGAAGGCCUUCUUCUCGUCCUUCUGGUACGCAGAUGCUUUCUCUCCUUGCUCAUUUCUUGUCUUUGUCACAUAAUAGAUUUCAUUCCAAAUCCCUACAUUUUAAUACCAUUGACGGUGCCAUCUCGUCAUUUAAUCGAAUGCUUCGUAUGCAACCUCCUCCCUCCACUGUUGAUUUUAAUAAACUUUUAACCUCCAUUGCUAAAAUGAAACACCACUCCACUCUGCUUUCUCUUUCUCACCAAAUGGAUUCUUUUGGAAUUCCCCCCAAUAUUUACACCCUUCACAUCCUCAUUAACUCUUUUUGCCACUUGAAUCGGGUGGGUUUCGCUUUCUCCGUCUUAGCCAAAAUCCUCAAACUUGGGCAUCAACCCGACACUGCAACGUUCACCACUCUGAUUAGGGGGAUCUAUGUUGAGGGUAAAAUCGGUGAAGCCCUCCACUUGUUUGAUAAAAUGAUUGGGGAAGGUUUUCGACCCGAUGUAGUUACAUAUGGAACUCUGAUAAAUGGGUUGUGCAAAGUGGGCAACACUAGUGCCGCUAUCAGGUUACUUGGGAGCAUGGUGCAAAAAAAUUGUCAGCCUAAUGUAUUUGCUUAUAACACCAUUAUUGAUAGCCUUUGUAAGGAUAGACAAGUAACUGAGGCUUUCAACCUUUUCUCUGAGAUGGUCACUAAAGGCAUUUCACCUGAUAUUUUUACUUACAACUCAUUAAUCCACGCUCUUUGUAAUUUAUGUGAGUGGAAACAUGUCGCAACACUGUUGAACGAAAUGGUAGAUAGCAAGAUAAUGCCAGAUGUAGUUAGUUUUAAUACAGUGGUGGAUGCACUCUGUAAAGAAGGAAAGGUCACAGAGGCACAUGAUGUAGUCGACAAGAUGAUUCAAAGAGGUGUGGAGCCUAAUGUAGUCACCUACACUGCAUUGAUGGAUGGACACUGUCUGCUAUCUGAAAUGGAUGAGGCAGUUAAAGUAUUUGAUACGAUGGUUUGUAAGGGCUGUAUGCCUAAUGUUAUCAGCUAUAACACCUUAAUCAAUGGUUAUUGCAAGAUUCAAAGGAUAGAUAAGGCCAUGUAUCUCUUUGGAGAGAUGUGUCGACAAGAAUUGAUUCCUGACACUGUGACUUACAGCACUCUUAUACACGGCUUGUGCCAUGUGGAAAGACUCCAGGAUGCAAUAGCACUUUUUCAUGAGAUGGUAGCUUGCAGCCAAAUUCCAAAUCUUGUCACUUACCGAAUUUUAUUGGACUAUCUAUGCAAAAAUCGUUAUCUUGCUGAAGCUAUGGCUUUGCUGAAAGCUAUUGAAGGUAGUAAUUUGGAUCCUGAUAUACAAGUUAAUAAUAUUGCCAUUGAUGGGAUGUGUAGAGCUGGUGAACUUGAAGCUGCAAGGGACCUGUUUUCCAAUCUCUCCUCCAAAGGAUUGCAGCCUGAUGUUUGGACUUAUAGUAUAAUGAUCAAUGGGCUAUGUAGAAGAGGGUUAUUAGAUGAGGCAAGUAAGUUAUUUAGGGAAAUGGAUGAGAAUGGUUGCACACUGAAUGGUUGCAUUUACAAUACAAUUACCCGGGGAUUUUUACGAAAUAAUGAGACAUCAAGAGCUAUUCAACUUCUUCAAGAAAUGGUUGCGAGGGGAUUUUCUGCUGAUGCAUCCACUAUGACCUUAUUCGUGAAAAUGUUGUCCGAUGAUGGAUUGGAUCAAUCUUUAAAACAAAUUCUACGUGAGUUUGUGCAGUAAAGAGUUAUGGUAUUCAUCAACUCUAGAUGUGGUAUUCUUAGGGGGUCCCACUUGUCUCUGUUGUUGUUAAUGCCUUUUGAUUGUAUCAACGAGUUUUUGCAAGCAAAAGAGUUGGAUUUAUGAAAAUGUCAUGGUGUUGCAAGAGAUAAUUCUAGUUAAUUGUAAUUUCUGUUGUUACCGUAUUUUUACCUGCCAUUGAUUUCCUUCCAAUUGGAUUUCAUUUAAUGGACCUUACAGUGAUUGUCUUUUGGAAAUGGUAUGAGCAAUGAUUCAUUGGUUAUUGCCACCAGUGUCACUUGAGGCACUUAGCUUUCAUACCUACCUUCUUAGUUAAUGAGGGGUGAAGAUGUAGCUGGGAAGACUAUUCUGGUGAUGAGGUUGGGAGUAUGGAUGUUUUGUUCAUUGAUGUGAUUUUUUUUCUUUUUUCCCUUUUACUUGUAGUGAUGUGUUUUUGUAUUUGUUCCAUUUUAGAAAAAAUCAAUAGGAGAAAGUGGGAAGCCUGUUUUCUUCUUUCUUUUGCUUAUUUCUUGUUCCCUCCCUGCAAUUGAAUCACCUAAUGUAGAGAUUUAUGCUAUUGUCAUCAAUGGCAUGUGCAGAGGUGCUGAA